AUGACAGUUACCACUGCCGACAGCGCCCCCGAGUUCUGGCUCUUUGGCUACGGGAGCCUCAUAUGGAAACCCCCGCCGCACUUUGAUGAAAGAAUCCCGGGCUGGGUAACGGGCUAUGUCCGUCGGUUCUGGCAGGUCCGCAACCAGAGUCCCGCCUCCUCCCCAGCGACGAGCCCCCCCCAGCUCACAUUGUCUAGGCCAGGUAUGCGCACCGGUUCUGAACGAGUCCUGCAGCCCGCCCAGUGGCUAACAUGCGAGGGCCGUGGGCAUGGCGGGACUCUCAGCGAGGACCAUCGAGGCACUCCAGAGGCUCCGGGCCGCGUUGUCACCCUCAUCGACAAGUCUCACUGGCACAGCUUGUCCGACCACGACUCCUCCGCUCCAGAAAAGGUUUGGGGUGUCGCCUAUCGCAUCAUCCCCGAGCGCAUCACCGAGGUCAAGGACUAUCUCGACAUCCGCGAGAUCAACGGCUACUCAAUCCACUACACCCCCUUUCACCCGGCUCACGGCUCCCCACCCAUCACGACCCUCGUCUACAUCGGCACCCCCGACAAUGAGCAGUUUGUCGGCCCUCAGGAACCCCACAAGCUCGCCCGACACAUCCUCGCCAGUCGCGGGCCCAGCGGCCUCAACAAAGACUACCUGUACAACCUCCACACCGCCCUCACCGAGCUCAGCCCCGACAGCGGUGACGCUCAUGUCAGCGACCUCGCCCAGCGUGUCAGGGCUCUCGAGCGGGACGCCCAUGACGGCCCACCUCGGCCACCCGGACCCGACACAGACUUUAGGCAAGCGAGCAGCACGGCAGAGGCCGAGGAAAUCGAAAAGGUUUGA